CCGUCGCGCCUCUCGAUGGCUCUGGUGACGGUGCAGCGUUCGCCUACCCCCAGCGCCACCUCCAGCCCCUGCGCCUCGGAGGCAGACAGUGGGGAAGAAGAAUGCCGGUCCCAGCCCAGAAGCAUCAGCGAAAGCUUCCUCACUGUGAAAGGUGCAGCUCUCUUCCUGCCACGAGGAAAUGGGUCCUCUACACCCAGGAUCAGUCACAGGCGCAACAAGCAUGCAGGGGAUCUCCAGCAACACCUGCAGGCCAUGUUCAUACUGCUCCGCCCAGAAGACAACAUCAGACUGGCUGUAAGACUGGAAAGUACCUACCAGAACCGCACUAGAUACAUGGUGGUAGUGUCCACCAAUGGCAGACAAGACACCGAAGAGAGCAUUGUCCUAGGAAUGGAUUUCUCUUCCAAUGACAGUAGCACUUGUACGAUGGGCUUGGUACUGCCGCUGUGGAGUGACACCUUGAUCCACCUGGAUGGGGAUGGAGGGUUCAGCGUAUCAACGGAUAACAGGGUUCAUAUAUUCAAGCCAGUGUCUGUACAGGCAAUGUGGUCUGCUCUGCAGAGUUUACAUAAGGCUUGUGAGGUGGCACGGAGCAACAAUUACUACCCAGGGAGCCUCUUCCUCACGUGGGUCAGUUACUAUGAGAGCCAUAUCAACUCUGACCAGUCAUCAGUCAACGAGUGGAAUGCCAUGCAAGAUGUCCAGUCCCACCGGCCCGACUCACCUGCCCUCUUCACAGAUGUCCCAACUGAACGGGAACGUACGGAACGGCUAAUUAAGACCAAGUUAAGGGAGAUCAUGAUGCAGAAAGAUUUGGAGAACAUCACAUCAAAAGAGAUCCGCACUGAGCUGGAGAUGCAGAUGGUGUGUAACCUGCGGGAGUUCAAAGAGUUCAUUGACAAUGAGAUGAUAGUGAUCCUUGGGCAGAUGGACAGCCCCACGCAGAUAUUCGAUCAUGUCUUCUUGGGCUCAGAAUGGAACGCCUCCAAUUUGGAAGACUUGCAGAACAGAGGGGUGCGGUACAUUCUGAAUGUGACUCGAGAAAUAGAUAACUUCUUCCCUGGCCUCUUCGAGUACCAUAACAUCCGGGUGUAUGAUGAAGAAGCAACAGACCUUCUGGCUUACUGGAAUGACACCUACAAAUUCAUUUCCAAGGCAAAGAAAAAUGGUUCUAAGUGCCUGGUGCACUGCAAGAUGGGGGUGAGCCGCUCGGCCUCCACGGUGAUCGCCUACGCCAUGAAGGAGUACGGCUGGAACCUGGACAGGGCCUAUGACUACGUGAAGGAGCGGCGCACCGUCACCAAGCCCAACCCCAGCUUCAUGAGGCAGCUGGAGGAAUACCAAGGGAUCCUGCUGGCCAGCAAACAACGGCACAAUAAGCUCUGGCGCUCGCACUCCGACAGUGACCUCUCAGACCAUCACGAGCCCAUCUGCAAGGCUGGGCUGGAACUGAACAAAAAGGAGAUCACCACCUCAGCAGACCAGAUCUCAGAGGCAAAGACCAAUGACAACCAGCAGCCAGUGUCUCCCAUCUACUCCGCUGAGCUAGACAGGGAGCAGCAGCUCCCAGAGGAUGCAAACAUGAUCGAGGAGGUGUGUGUGAAGGAGAGGAUCCACCUAGAGUUUACAUGUCGGGACUUCCACACCGAGCAGAUCGAGGACAAACUGAACCUGAACAAUAUCAAUGGCUGUACAGCAGGCUGCUGUGUAGACUCUGUCCCCCCUGAUAACUGCCAUGCUUCUGAGGCCUUCCUGCAACUCCAGCACCCUUUGGAAAUUGCAGAGUUUCCUGAUUUGACAGUGGACGAUCUAGAAAAAGAUGCCCUUAAGCCUGACAUGAACGUGCACUUGGUUCCCAUGGAAGAAUUCACCUCCUGUUUAAAAGACUUCCCUCAGUCCCCAAACCAAAAUUCCCCAAGCAUCCAACAGAAUCCCCAGCCUGAGGUGACAGACCUCAGUGCAGACAGGAUUGAUUUCUUCAGUGCUUUGGAGAAAUUCGUGGAGCUUUCCCAGGACAGUCGGCCCCGCACUUGCUCCCACUCCAGGACAGAGGAGCAAGGGAGUGGAAGGAAUGGAGUCUCCAGGGUGCCUGUGCUGGAAGUGCUGCCCACUGUGGAAGGAGCUGCUGAUGCUCAAAGGAACAGCUCUGGAAACUCUCCUCAGGCAUCAGAUGACUCUUCCACAGAUGAAGAACAACAAAAGGAGGUCACUGAGCUGCCUGCUGCAGGCCAUCUCACGAGAUCCCACUCAGAAAAUGCUAUUUCUGUGAAGGAAAUUAUCACUGAGAUCGAGUCAAUCAACCAGGCACCAGGACCUGCCCAACAGAAAGAGGGUUCAGCCAACCUCACCCAAACACCAAAGAGGAACACAGUGCAUGAUGUGCCAGUGGAAGCAAUAUGGAUAUCAGAAAGGCUUGAACAGAGUGAAGGAGCCUGUGCUGGACACCAGGAAAAGGAGAAGGACUCUCUGCAAGCUGAGCAAGAAACUACCCCUUCCCUGCAGCCAUCUUCUGGUAAAUCAGACCUGGAGGAAGGCAGCUCUGGUGGGGACCAGCAAGAACCUCACAGCUGCAUCAACCCUGAGCCCAAGUGGUGCCCUGGCUCUGUCCGGCGAGCCACCUUGGAGUUCGAGGAGCGCUUGAGGCAGGAGCAGGAGCACCAGCACACAUCCCCAGCCUGCAUCUUACCCACCCGUAAGAACUCCAGGAACGACUCUCCUGCUGCUGAGCUCCUGCUGCGGGGGAAGAGCGAGGAGCCCCCCCUGGAGCUGGCUCCAGAGGGUGAUGAGCUGCAGGGUCCGGGUGCUGAGGAGCUGCUGCUGCCUCCCAGGGCAGGGCUGCCUGCAGAGCCCAGCACGGGGCAGGAGGGAACGGCACAAGAGCAUAGGACAGUGGUCUUGUUAGAUGGAUCGGAGGAUCCAGCCCUGCCCUCCCUCCUCCCAAAGAAAAUCGAGAUCAGUGAGUUUGCUCCCAUCAUCAGGGCUGCAGAGAGUCCCGACGCAAGCUGUGAGCAGGGCAGGCUGGCCACAGCCAUCCUGCCUUUGGAUGAAAACUUGAACCCUUCCCUGUGCUCAGAGAAUGCACCGACCUGCCUCGGAGCUCUGCCGCUGGGCAACCCCUCACUGCCGGAGCACGCAGUACACGAGCAGGCUGCCUUCACUGUGGGCAGCCCCGCUGAGGAAGGUGCUGGGUUAUCUGCUCACCUCGGUGCUGCUUCUCCCUCUGCCCAGGUGACCUCUACACCUUCAGGCAGCUUAGAUGGCUCCUUUUACCCCUAUGUAAUUCGCCUGGAAGGUGUCACCGAGCAGAGCACGAGUACGGACGAUGAGCUGGUCACACCGUGUGGCACUGAGGGAGAUGCAUCCCUCCCAUUCAGGGACAGACCCAAGCCUCUCUGUGAGGGAGGUGCUGGCACCUCGAGGCAGCUGAGCAGCGAGGACUUCACCAGCCAACACGCUGAAAACAUGGACCUUCUGGACAUCUCCUUCCUGUGCUACAGUCUCCCCCACAGCUCCAGCAGCCACAGCGUGGAGGAGCACAGCAGCAGCUCCGGGCUGGUCAAGCAGCGAGCAAAGGAAAUAGAGGCUCGGAUCCGGCACGCGGGGCUCACCACACCCUCCCACAUGAAACGCUCGGCGUCCUUGGCCAAACUGGACUGCCUGGACCUCUCCAAGGACGACUUAUCCCAGAGGCAGUCAGCCUCUUCCAAUGCCAACCCGGUGCUUCUCACUUGUGUCGCCCUGGGUCGAGGUUUUUGCGAGGGCAGGCUGGAGCAGGGCUCGGAAGGUGCCUGCGGGAGGCAUCGCCUGUCCUCCCCGGAGCCUGCCAAGCAUUUCGUGGAGCAGCUCAGAACAGCUGAGUGCAUCGCCCAGAGCAAGCCGGUGGAGAGGCCGCUAGCUCAGUACGCCAAAGAGUGCGGCUCCAGCCAGCAGAGUUUGUUUUCCAACAUGGAUCCAACGUGGACUAGCUCUGAGGAGGGUCCUCCACUGUUCCAGGUGCAGGUCCUGGACUCCCUAUCUCCGGCUCGAGGUCUGGCUGUCACUCCCCGGCAGCAGCACGGGAGAACUCACCCUCUGAGGAGGCUCAAAAAGACCAAUGAUAAAAAGCGGACAACCAAUCCCCUCUACAACACGAUGUGAGCCCCUGGGCUGCCACCUCUUAGCGAGGACCCUGUGGCAUUGAGUCAUGCAAGGGGCAGGUGUAAUAUAAGGAACAUGCACUUUAUUGGUUAAUUUUAUAUAUAUUGUCAUUUUCCUGUUCCUGGCGCAUGUAGGUGUGGGUUGGUUCUUCUGUGUGUGACUCUGACUGCAGGCCUGUUUGGGGUUUUUUAAGUUUUGGGGGGGUUUUUUUGUUUGUUUG